AAAGAUGGCGACCCGUAUAUCGGCGUCCCAAAAAUCGCUUAGAGACGGCGGAGACGAAAUUAGAUCGGAGUAAUAGAAUUUCGUCGGAUCGUCGCGCGAGCGAGAACUACCUCGAGAUCUCCUCCUCGUAAUUCUCCGCGGAGGUUAAUCCUGGCGCGCAUGCGCGUCCAGAGAUUCACCGCGCAGGGAUCCGCAGAGCGCGAAGAGACACAUCCAGAACCUGUCAAGUCGUGUCGGAGGCGACGUCGGUGUCCUCCCGCGCGUAUUCGUGUGCGUAUUCGCGUGAAUCGUCGUGUUUGUGUGCGUGCGCAUCCCCGCGUGCUGCACAUACGUUUAUGUGCGUGUUUGUGACGAAAACAGAGCCCCGAGAUCGUCGUGGAAACGCAGAAGAGUAUCUCUCUCUCUCUUCUCUCCGUGCGACAUCCCAGAAUCGUGCGUGACGCAACAAAACAAACGCAAAGAGAGAAAGAGAGAGAGAGAGAGAGAGAGAGAGAGAAAGAGCGAGAAUAGUCGUCGUAGCCGAGAGAGUCGCUCGGUAAUCGAUAUGACAUUCGCGUAAUCCGCGUAAUCAUGGGUCGUCGUCCUGCCCAAGGUUCGUCGUCAUCGUCAUCGUCACCGUCAUCGGCAUCGUCAUCGUCGUCGUUGUCGUCGCGUGUAAACACGACGGCGAUUCGGUGAAGACGGAAGAGUCCGUAGAGAGAGAGAGAGUGCGACUGCGAGACUUUUGUUCCGAAAAGAAAAGGGAAAGAGAGAAAACAAGACGAGUGCGGAGCAAGGUGAACGAGUGCGAUCCACAGUCUUCCGAUAGGGACAACAUUCUCGUCGUAGGAAGCGAGUGCUCCGAUUUAGCGUUUUGCGCCAGAGAAAACCGCUCGAAUGCGGAGAUCGUCACGAUGGUGAUACGAUCAUAAUUACCGAUUCGCAGCUUAUGCAAUUGCUCAGAUUUGUCUGCAACCGCGUGAAGAUCCUUAAGACUGCCCGUCCUUAUCAAGUUACCCUUGCAAGUACCAUGGAAGUAAUAGAAAUCUAUAAAUCCUACUGAAAGGAGGAUGCCAGUAACUAAACGCAUUCCAUAUCCUUCGCGAUCCGACGGCGGCAGUAGUGAGAGCCCGUUGCUCGUGGAAGAAGGUGAAACAGUCGGGGCACCUCACAGUCCACGCAACAUUCACAGUCACAGCCAUUCACAUGGCAAUCCACACCGGUCUCACAGUUACCAUCAUGAGAAGCCGAAACAAUUAGUGAAAUACGGUGAACUAGUUAUACUCGGAUACAAUGGUUACCUUCCACCUGGCGAUAGGGGUAGAAGGAGAAGUAAAUUCGUAUUAUACAAAAGACCCGUGCCAAAUGGCGUUAAACGUAGUAAGCAUUACAUCGUUAAAACGCCUCAUAGUUCACAAGCCAUCCUCAACACGAAGCAACACUCAAUCUCGUACACGCUUUCCAGAAACCAGGCCGUUAUCGUCGAAUACACGGAAGAUGAAAAAACAGACAUGUUCCAGAUCGGCCGUUCGUCCGAAUCGCCUAUCGAUUUCGUAGUGAUGGACACAUGUGCUGGCGGUAGCGAUAGCGGACCUGCUAAUGAGGGACGUGGACCUCCUAAUGAAGGACGCGUCGCCCAGAGCACCAUCAGCAGGUUCGCCUGUCGGAUUCUGGCGGAUCGAUCGGAUUCCAGAAUCGCGAGAAUUUAUGCUGCAGGUUUCGACAGUUCGAGAAAUAUUUUCUUAGGGGAAAAGGCAACCAAAUGGCAAGAGAAUCGCGAGAUCGACGGACUUACGACUAAUGGAGUCUUGAUAAUGCAUCCGCGGGGUCAAUUCUGCGGUGGCGAAGCCCAGUGCGGGUUUUGGCGGGAAGUAAGCGUGGGCGGCGGUGUUUUCUCGCUUAGGGAAAGCCGAAGUGCUCAACAGAAAGGCAACGUCGUGGAGGAAGAGAACAAUAUUCUACAAGAUGGUACUCUCAUCGAUCUUUGCGGCGCUACUCUUCUCUGGCGAUCAGCCGAAGGUCUCGCAAAGUCUCCGACAAAACAAGACCUAGAAGAGUUAGUCGAUGCUAUAAAUGCCGGCAGACCACAGUGUCCUGUAGGCUUGAACACAUUGGUCAUACCCCGCAAAGCAGCUUCGGAUUCAACGCAGCAGCAGCCAUACGUUUACCUUAAGUGCGGCCAUGUACAGGGACAUCACGAUUGGGGUCAGGAGAAGGACAAGGUUACAAGAAGAUGUCCUAUGUGCCUAGUCGCAGGGGCAGUAGUCAAGUUGUCUAUGGGAAUAGAGCCUGCCUUCUACGUAGACUGCGGACCGCCCACUUACGCAUUUAGUCCCUGCGGACACAUGGCUACGGAGAAAACUGUCAAAUAUUGGGAAAAAGUAGCCAUACCGCACGGCACAAACGGCUAUAUCGCGAUCUGUCCCUUCUGCGCGGUGCCGCUCGAGGGAACGCCAGGAUAUGUAAAACUAAUUUUUCAGGAUAAUGUAGAUUGAAGAUAUAUAAAAUAAUGAAACAUGUAGAAAUUAAUAACUUCUUAAGAAAUAUAAGGAUUAUUAAACUCGA